CUUGGAAUCAGUGUACAGUAUCCAUACAGGAUGUGAGAGAGGAACUGGGGUCGGUCCCCAGUCACGGGAACUUGCCAGGGCUGCAGGCACGGGGGACAAGGCUGUGGUCGCCCUCUCAGCAUGGAGGUGCCCUGGCCCCAGUGCUGGGCACUCGGUCUCCUGCUCUUCUUCCUGCCUCGGAGCUGGGGUGCAGAGUCCCGGCUCUCGCUCCUCUACCACCUCACCGCAGUGACCAACCCUGCCCCCCAUGCCCCAGCCUUCUGGGCCUCCGGCUGGCUGGGCCCACAGCAGUACCUGAGCUACAGCAGCCUGCGGCCCAUGGCCGAGCCCUGCGGGGCGUGGACCUGGGAAAACCAGGUGCCCUGGUACUGGGAGAAAGAGACCACAGACCUGAGGAGCAAGGAGAAGCUGUUUAAAGAUGCUCUUCGAGCCCUGGGGAGAGAUUCACAAGUCCUGCAAGGCCUACUGGGUUGUGAACUUGCCAAUGACAACUCCUCGGUACCCACGGCCAUCUUCGCUCUGAAUGGUGAGGAGUUCAUGAGGUUCGACCCCAGGACGAGCAACUGGACAGGGAACUGGCCCGAGACCCUGACCAUCGGCCAGCUGUGGAGGCAGCAGGCGGACACACCCAGGAAGGAGAGGGAGUUCCUGCUCUCCUCUUGUCCUCGGCGGCUUCUGGGACACCUGGAGCUGGGGCGUGGAAACCUGGAGUGGAAAGAGCCCCCCUCCAUGCGCCUGAAGGCUCGGCCCAGCAGCCCCGGCUUCUCCGUGCUCACCUGCAGCGCCUUCUCCUUCCACCCGCCCGAGCUGCAGCUGCGAUUCCUGCGCAACGGGAUGGCGGCCGGCGUGGGCAACACCAGCGGCUUCAGCCCCAAUGGCGACGGCUCCUUCCAUGCCUGGUCCUCACUCACCGUCAAAAGGGGUGAUGAGCACCACUACCAGUGCCUGGUGAUGCACAAGGGGCUGCCGCACCCCUUACUCGUCAGCCUGGAGCCACCAGCCAAGGCGUCAGUCCCUGUAGCUGGAAUUGUCCUUGGCUUGCUGGUGUUCAUGGCGGCAGCGGUGGCAGGUGGAGUUCUGCUGUGGUGGAGGAUGAGAAGAGGGCUCUCAGCCCCUUGGAUCUUCCUCCGUGGGGACGACGAUGAGAGCCUCCUACCCACUCCCAGCCUGCCCCAGGAUGCCAUCCCUCAGGAUAUAAAUGCUUCGGCCUGACUGUCCCCAACUCUGGCUGUGAUUAAUGUAGUCUGUUCCCUUUCAUGCUGUGAGACCCAAUCCUGGCAUCUCUGAGCCUACAGAGGCGUCCUGGGCCCGAUGUCCUUCCUCUGGACCCCUCCUUUUGUGGCCUGCCUCAGUUUCCCUUCCUAAUGUAUAUGGCACUUUUCCAUUUCCACAUAUAACAUGAGUUUGGGCCCAAA